AGGUAGUCUCCUCCCCUCCCCGACCGCAGUAUUCCUUCCCCCCGGCUCGUAUAAAGGUAGCACGACUAUCAGGCCGUCUGCGGGCUGUCCAUUUUCUCUCGUUGAUGGUUAGACUCUGCGAGCGAAGGAUGAAGUUCCUUGUAGCUGUCACGGUCAUUGUGGGGUCGCUGAUAUUUCUCGCUUUCCCGAAUGGCUCCUCAGCAGACGAGAAGAAGAAAGGCCCCAAAGUAACGGCGAAGGUUUACUUUGACAUCAGAAUUGGAGAUGAAGACAUUGGAAGGGUUGUCAUCGGGGUGUUCGGGAAAACCGUUCCCAAAACAGUUGAAAACUUUGUUGCUCUGGCAACAGGAGAGAAAGGAUUCGGUUACAAGGGCAGCAAAUUCCACAGAGUCAUCAAGCAGUUCAUGAUCCAGGGUGGAGACUUCACCAGAGGAGACGGCACUGGAGGCAAGAGCAUCUACGGAGACCGUUUCCCCGAUGAGAACUUCAAGCUGAAGCACUACGGCGCCGGCUGGCUCAGCAUGGCCAACGCCGGCAAGGACACCAACGGCUCCCAGUUCUUCAUCACCACGGUUCAGACUCCAUGGCUGGACGGCAAACACGUCGUCUUCGGAAAAGUUCUAGAGGGCAUGGAUGUGGUGACUAAGAUUGAGAACACAAAGACAGAUGGCCGCGACAAGCCUCUAAAAGAUGUCACCAUCCACGACUGUGGCAAAAUCGAGGUGGAGAAACCCUUCGCAGUCGUCAAGGAGUAAAGCGCUGCUGUAAGAAGAAGAAGAACAAGGGAAAGAGGACUGGGGGAUGAAAUCGUGCAGGCCACCUAUUGUUUUGUUUUGUUUUUUUAACUCACUAACAGCCCCGUGGUGCUGUGCUGGCGAAGGGGCUCUGUGUCAUUAAGCGCCAGUGGCUGCCAUCUCAAAGCACCAGAACAGCAUCAUCAUUGAGCAAUCAUGAUGACACUUUGGGUCCAUUUACCAACGAUACCAACGAGCAUUCCAACGUGCACUUAACUGUUGGUGGUAGUUGUUGUUUUUUUUUUUUUUUUUGUAACAAGUGAAAUCUAAAAUAAAGGUUUCGAUUUUUGUUAAA